GUCCGAAGCUCGCGUUGCUGAGUCUGAUGACAGUAAAGGCCAAACUGAAAACGUCAAAAUGCAUAUUGAUGUACAUGUUAGCAUUGAGUCGGGCAGGUGCACUUUGAGGACUGCACCUAAACAAGAGCAGUCAGCGAUGGUGCCGAUAAUGGUAAAGAAGCCUUCAUCGAAGGAUUUGAGAACGAAAGCCUUUUCUUCAGCACAGCCGGCAGCCCAUCUUUCUGUGCAAAGAAAACGAGGAUGUUUCUACUUGUCGGCAGCAUUAGCUUCGAUGCCAACAGAGACUGUGGUUACUCCACAUCUUGCCGAUUACCUUGAACAGGUACUUGAACCUUUACCAAUAUCUUCCGGAGCAACCGUUACUUCUGUACCAUCAGCAGAACCCCAAGAAGGUGUGGCACAUAUCGUUGGCAUGGAUACCAGCGCACUGCCAAUUGAUGUUCUGUUCUUCCUGACCGUACAAAGCAGCGCAAUCAGAUUUGAUGGUCAACAGCAACGAAGUUCUGCUGCGGAUUGCUUGCUAAAGCUGCCAUGCUUAUCUCUCAUGGCUUCCACACGUCGAACUGUUGGAGAUGCUUACGUUGGGGGCAUAGAUGUGUCAGCUACCCUUAGCGCGUUCUCGCUAAGUAUCUACAGCCCGCAC